AUGUCUAAUUCAACUUCAUCUUCAACAACUCUGCUGGGUUCAACCAGUACAACAAUAUUAUCAUCUCUCAGCUCAUCAUCGUCGUCAUCAUCUAGCAGUGAGAAACAGGCCACAAGUUCAAGCAUAACGUCAAUAGUGACACCAAGUUUGUCUGCUCUGGAUAACUCUACAAUCACUGACACGUCAAGUUCAAAUUCAACAUUAUCAUCAGCAAGCUCCUCAGAUGAUUCAUCUGCAAGAUUAUUUCAUACUCAUGACUCUUCUACUCUGAACUCUUCAUCAAUAACAUCUAGUUCGUCUAUAUCAUCAUCCUCAUUACCCUCAUUAUCCUCAAGUUCAGAAGAGUCAUCCUCAUUCCAUUUACAUUCACUGCCCAAGCUGUCUACAGACUCUUCAUCCUCAUCAAAGACCUCAUCACCUUCUGAAAGCAGUUCUAUAACAUCAACUGUAUUCUCAUCAUCACCAUCAUCAUCAGUUAUCCCUGAAAGUACAACUUCUUCUCCAACAUAUACUGAAGCUUCAUCCUCAGCAUCACCAACAACAACACAAGGUUCAACAACUUUUGUAUAUACCCAAAUCUAUUGUCUUACAGAUGAAAGCACAACAAUAACAACAGCUUUACCGGUCUCCACUGUUUUACAAGAUCCUUCCACAUUUUCAUAUUCAAGUGGUUCAACAAAGACUACAGAUUUAUCAUAUUUUGCAAACUCUAUACCGGGUUUCAGAACUUCAACUUCAAGUUCAGAUGAUAAUUCUGGCUCAACAAAGGGGAAAAUUGCAGGUUCUGUUGUUGGUUCCGUUGCUGGUGUUUCAAUUAUAUUGUUUUUAUUGUGGUUUUUCGUUUUCAGAAAGAAGAGAUUUGGUGGUAAUCAUUCAGAGAAGGGUUCUUUUACACAUUCUAUUACAUCAACAAGGAGAUUAGAUGAUGAAUAUGGAUUUGAUGAUAGUCAUAAUUAUGAUUAUAGUGAAAAACCUCAACAUUCAAGACCUUCAUUCCUAAGUGGUGUUUUAUCAAAAUUCAAAAAACCAGCAACAAAUACAAGUCAAGACCAUUAUUAUCAUUCACAAAUACAACAUCAUGAUACCCCACCACAAGAUACACAAGAUUUAGAUGGUCUUGGUUCAUUACGCUCAAGUAUUUUAAGAGGACAACAAAUACCCAAUGAAAGAACUCCAAUAACAUCAACAAUGACAACAAAUAACACAAUACCUACAACAAGACCAUCACAUUACCAAUCAUCUUCAUCACCAUCAUCAUCAUCCUACCCACAAAAUAAUACCCAACUAAGAACAAUAGAUACAGUUUAUGAAGAAACUGAAUCAGAAAACUCUACAAUUUCAAGACCAAAUCAUAGAUUAAGUUCAAGAAAUUUAGGGAACUCAGCAAGAUAUCAAAAUGCAGGAUUAACAAACUAUAUGUUACAAAAUCCAUUUGAUGAAUCCAUUGGAAUUAAAAAACCUCCACCUCCUCCACCUCCCCCAAAAAGACGUGCAAAUUCUUAUAAUGUUGUUGAUGCGAAUAAUAGAUUUAGUGUUGAAUCUAAUGGGUCAAGCUUGACUGAAGAUACUGAUAGCUCAAGUACUGAUGAAUCUUUGGGUUCCAUACAGAUGGGUGAUGGCGGUGAUGCUAGAGAUGAUCAACGUGCUGGGUUUUUCAAAGAGAUUGUUUGA